AUGACGGCGCGGGAGUACACACCAGUUCCAACAAAGGAGCUGAAAGGAGAUUCUGAAGAAAAACCAGAACCCAAAUAUGGCUAUGGUCAUCGCCAUGUGCAAGCCCUGCUCAUCUUCAUCACGUACACCCUGGCUUAUCUGGCCAGAGCGCACAUGGGCGUCACCAUAGUGGCUAUGACGAAUGAAGUAGAAACAGAUGUAGUAUAUACCACGGAAGGUUAUAGGGGAGAAAACAUAACAUUGGUUACUGAUAAGAUAGCUGAAGAUAAGAAUACCGGCGUAUGGAAUAUUUAUAGGACUUACAAAUGGCCUAAAUCAACCCAAGAAAUGGUCCUAUCGUCUUUUUACGUAGGCUACUUCUUCAUGACAUUCCUCAGCGGCAUGAUCUGUCAAAAGUGGGGUGGGAAGAUCCCCCUCCAGAUAGCGGCUUUGAUAAACGGUGUCGUGUCUAUAUUGUCGCCUUGGGUCGUCGCUUGGGGUGGAUGGAAGGCCCUUGCAGCCUGCCGCAUACUCCAGGGUCUGUCGCAAGGAGGAUUGCUCCCAGGAAUACAUACUUUGCUGGCCAACUGGGUUCCUCUCUGCGAACGCGGAAGUCUCAGUAGCUAUGUCUAUAUGGGUUCUGGACUAGGAACAGUCAUCGGUUUCCAAGCGAGCGGGUUCCUAGCUUAUAGUUCCUUUGGCUGGCCUUCCACCUUUUGGACUAUCGGUGUUCUUAGCUUAUUGGGCUUCGGCCUGUUCUCUGUAUUCGGGUCUGCCACUCCCGCUGACCAUAAGACAAUAAGAGAAGAAGAGAAGAAUUAUAUAAUCGGAAAAUCUGAAGCCACACAAACUCAAGCAAAAGUGCCGUGGAGAGCGAUCCUCAGUUCAAAGCACGUUUGGAGCGCUUAUAUUUCCCAUAUAGGCAUAGCAUUGGCUUAUACAUUCUGCUUCAUGCAAGUCCCAACAUACAUGUAUGCAAUAUUGAAAGUUAAUAUUAAGAAUAGUGGUCUUCUGUCUUCGCUUCCUUACUUCUCAUUUAUGCUGUUCUGCAUGGUGACAGGAUCCCUCGCGGAUCUGCUGGUCAAUAAGGGAAUGCUAAGCAUGAAAAACGUCAGAAGAUUGAGUAAUUCUGUUGCUACAGUGAUACCUGGCAUAGUACUAAUUCUAGUUUCAUACACGGAAAAUGUGAUCUUGGCUGUUAUCUAUUUUACGGCAACCCUAGGUGCACAAUCAGCUAUGCACACCGGUUGGGUCAUUAACUACAUAGACCUUUCCCCCAAUUACAGCGGCGCUCUGAUGGCGGUGGGGAACGGUUUAGCCAAUUUGUGCGUUCUGAUAUUACCAGUUAUGGUGUCGAAUAUCGUCAUAGACGUGACGGAUCAAAUACAAUGGCGGAUUAUGAUGGUGCUGAUAGCUGGUGUCACCAUAUUGGGGAACGUCAUCUUCGUCAUCUUUUUGUCCGCUGAUGUCCAGCCUUGGAAUAAAGUUGGAUAUUGUGAUGUUAAGAAUACGGACUUAAAAAUGGAAGAUGGACUGAAAAAAACACUUAAGAGCAAAUGUUAA